AUGGUAUAUAUCUCUUCUUUGGUACUUGGCCUUCUCGCUAUUGCAGGCGCCUUGGCCCUGCCUGGCGACAUGUCCGGCGAUUUUUCCAAACGCCAGGCGAUUACAUCGCCCCAGACAGGCACUAACAACGGCUACUACUAUUCUUUCUGGACCAACGGAGCCGGAAGCGUCAGCUACACGAAUGGUGCAGCUGGCCAGUAUAGCGUCACUUGGUCAAACCAAAAUGGCGGUGACUUUACUUGUGGGAAGGGCUGGAAACCUGGCAGCGCCCAGGCUAUCUCAUUCUCCGGCUCAUUCAAUCCGAAUGGCAAUGCCUACCUUGCUGUCUACGGCUGGACUACUAGCCCCCUUGUUGAGUACUACAUUAUGGAGAGCUACGGAGACUACAACCCCGGCAACAGCAUGACCCACAUGGGAACUGUGACUAGUGACGGAGCAACCUACGAUAUCUACAAGCACCAGCAGGUCAAUCAGCCAUCCAUUCAGGGUACUUCUACCUUCAAUCAGUACUGGUCAAUCCGGCAGAGCAAGCGGACCAGCGGCACUGUCACCACAGCAAACCACUUUAAUGCCUGGGGUGCUCUUGGCAUGAACAUGGGUGCCUUCGAUUACCAGAUUCUUGUCACUGAGGGUUAUGAAAGCUCCGGUUCUUCUUCUAUCACCGUUUCUGCGGGUGGAUCGUCCUCUGGUGGCAGCGGCGGCUCUGGGGGUAGUGGCGGCUCGAGUGGUUCGGGCGGGACUUGCUCUGCCAUUUAUGGCCAGUGCGGCGGCAGUGGCUGGUCUGGACCGACCUGCUGCGCCUCUGGCACCUGCCACUACCAGAAUGCGUGGUACUCGCAGUGCCUCUAA